CAUAAUCCAUUAUCCAGGGCAUUCAAGAGUCACAAUCAAAUUUCAAAGGCAAAAAAAGUAUAGUAAAAAAAAAUGGCCUGCUGGUCAGCUGAAAAUGCUACCAAAGCCUAUCUUAGAGCAAUUAAAAUGGGAAAGAGUGCAAAGGAGCCAGAGAUGGCAGAGUUCAUUUCAGCACUAGCAGCAGGCAACAAUGCACAACUUAUGAUUGUUGCAUGUGCAGGUGCAGCUGACUCGGCCACCGUGUUAGCUCUGGUGGCUGCAGCCCACCAGACAGGUGGCCGAGUCAUCUGUAUCAUUGGAUUAGCGUGUCAGCUGAUCCAAUCAAUUGAAUCUCUAGGGCACAACUCGAGAUUUGUUGAGUUUGUCACUGGAGAUGUCAAUACGUUACUAAUGAGUGAAUAUAGAGAAGCGGAUUUUGUACUCAUUGACUGUAACCUCAACAAGUGCGAAGGCAUCAUUCAAACAGCGCGAAUGAUGGGAGAAAAUGUGAGUGUUUUGGGAUACAACGCGCUUUGUAUGGAUUCGUGGAGGUGCCAGAGCUUCAAUGCUCAUUUACUUCCUAUAGGAGAAGGAUUGUUAGUGACAAGUAACAAAACGGCGAAAAAAGGGGGAAAUUUGGGAGUUUCAGGGAAGAAAAGUAAAUGGAUUGUUAAAGUAGAUAAAUGCACAGGGGAAGAACAUGUUUUUAGGAUCAGGGGAAAAACAGUUGAAGCCUAAGGCUCUCUCUGUUUUGUAAACGAUUCAUUAGUAGUAAUGAUUAAUUAGGGGAAAAUGGAUUUUUUUUUCCACCAUGAUUUUGAACUGUAUAUAGCUGCAAUAUUGAUUAAUUAAGCCUAUUGAUUAGUAAUUUAGUA